CUGUGCUAUAAGCACUUAACAGUUAACACAUAAUAAAAAAGAUAGUGGUGUUUAAAGUUUAAACCUAAAGGUACAUAUUAAAUAAUAAGAUUAUGGAACAUUCUAUUUAGUAUUUGAUACUAAAAUUCAAGAACAGUUGUAACAAAAAAUUAAUGCCGCAUUUUCGCAUUGAGACUAAUGUCCCAAAAUCUAAAAUACCACAUGAUUUUGUUACCAAAACGGUGCCAGUUUUGGCUAAAGCUCUAGGCAAACCAGAAUCAUACUGUGUUGUGACUGUGAUUCCAGACCUACUAAUGAGUUUUGGAGGCACUACAGAACCUUGUGCUAUUGCUAACCUUAUGUCUAUUGGAGCUCUUGGUGUAGAACAAAACAAAAAGCAUUCUAAAGUUCUUUUUGAGCUAGUGGAAAAAGAAUUGGGUGUAUCACACGAUAGAAUGUACAUAACUUUCCAAGAUGAACCAACAGGAAAUGUUGGAUUCAAGGGCACUACUUUCCAUUCCAUUUUUGGAUAAACAAGAUUCUUAAAUAUUAUAAUUUACCAUAGGAAAUAUUAUACAGUAGUUAGAUUUAAAAUCAUGUAUAAAUUGGCUGUCAAUAAUAAAAUUGUUUGAUAUUC